GAGGAGCGGCAAGAACGCGCGCCGCGAUUGGCGGGCGCCCCGGUGGGCGGGCGUUGUUGCUAAGCAGGGUAAAGAUGGCGGCUCUGGACAGGGUCAAGGUGCUGGUGCUGGGCGACUCCGGUGUCGGGAAAUCGUCGCUCGUUCACCUCUUGUGCCACAACCAGGUGCUGGGAAACCCGUCCUGGACGGUGGGCUGCUCCGUGGAUGUGCGAAUCCAUGACUACAAAGAAGGAACCCCAGAAGAGAAGACCUAUUACAUUGAGCUGUGGGAUGUUGGAGGUUCUGUGGGCAGUGCCACCAGUGUGAAAAGCACACGAGCUGUGUUCUAUAAUUUGCUGAAUGGGAUAAUUUUAGUGCAUGACUUGACCAACAAGAAAUCAUCUCAGAAUUUGUAUCGCUGGUCUUUGGAAGCACUCAACAGAGAUGUUGCUCCAACUGGAGUUCUUGUGACAAAUGGUGACUAUGACCAUGAACAGUUUGGUGAUAACCAGAUCCCACUGCUGGUAAUAGGAACUAAACUGGAUCAGAUCCCAGAAACUAAGAGAAAUGAAGUUUUGACCAGAACAGCAUUCUUGGCAGAGGAUUUCAAUGCUGAAGAGAUAAAUUUGGACUGCACCAAUCCUCGUUACCUGGCUGCAGGUUCAUCCAACGCUGUCAAACUAAGCAGGUUUUUUGAUAAGGUCAUAGAGAAGAGAUACUUCUUAAGAGAUGGCAAUCAGAUUCCUGGCUUCUCUGAAAGGAAGAGGUUUGGAGGAGGAACACUGAAGAGCCUUCAUUAUGACUGAGCACUGAAGAAGUGGAAGACAACUUUUCUGAGCUCCUAAAGACAUUCCUAUUCCCACAGGAUGCUCAAAGACAGUAAUGCUUCUGUCAAGCAGAGUAAAAUGAUAUUACAGCUGGCUA